UGUUGCGUUCGCUACUACUGCAAUCCCUACCUCUGAAUCAACGUCGCAGCUAGGCACCAAAAGGGCACCUUAGAAACCAAGGCGCCACCAAAGGGAACAUCGCCUCCAAAGCUGCAGGACACAAGACAGAACGCCUAAGGUUUGGCCGUUUGGAUGCGUCCAUCGCGGCAUUGCAUACUCAGAAACCUUCUUGUUUUCAGCAUCAUAUAAAAAUCAAGCAGAGCAAAGGGGAAACUGCAAGCUACCACAAAGAUGCAGCACCAGCAGCAGCACCAGCACAAGACCGCCAUGCGGCGGGAGGGCGAGACCGCCCAUCGGAGAGCGUCUGAGAUGCCAGCCAACUGGACGGGGAGGGGUGCGGAGGCGGCCAUACGGAGGGAGGAUGAGAUGGUGACCCGGAGAGCGGCUGAGAUUCCGGCCCAUCGGAGGGAGAGGGCGAGAGAGGCGGACACCCGCCGAACGGAGAGGAAGAAGAGCCUGGAGAGCCUCCUUGAUGCCGCAGACGUGCGGGGGAAGCGCGGUGGCCCUGUCCCAGCCGGAGAGAAGGUGACGAGCUUCCCCGGCCAGGGCCUGGAGUUCAAGAACCUCUCAUACAGUGUCAUAAAGAAGCAGAAGAAAGACGGGGUCAUGAUCAAGAAGGAGGCGUACCUGCUGAAUGACAUAUCCGGGCAGGCUCUCCGAGGCCAGGUUACCGCCAUCCUUGGCCCCAGUGGUGCUGGCAAAUCCACUUUCCUUGACGCCAUUGCUGGAAGGAUCGCCAAAGGGAGUCUCGAGGGAUCAGUCAGCAUCGACGGGCGACCUGUCACCACGAGCUACAUGAAGCAGAUAUCCUCUUAUGUGAUGCAAGAUGAUCAGCUGUUUCCCAUGCUUACCGUGCUGGAGACGCUUACUUUUGCCGCUGAAGUCAGGCUCCCACCAUCCCUCUCAAGGGCUGAGAAGCUGAAGAGAGUAUGGGAACUCAUUGAGCAGCUUGGUUUGCAGACAACAGCGCACACAUACAUUGGGGAUGAAGGGAUAAGAGGGGUCUCUGGCGGGGAACGCCGCAGGGUGUCCAUCGGUACAGACAUCAUCCACAAACCGUCUCUGCUAUUUCUUGACGAACCAACCUCUGGCCUCGACUCCACUAGUGCAUACAGUGUGGUGGAGAAAGUGAAGGAUAUUGCAAAAGGAGGAAGCAUUGUGCUCAUGACAAUUCAUCAACCAUCUUUCAGGAUACAGAUGCUUCUUGACAGAAUUGUCAUCCUUGCAAGAGGAAGAUUGAUCUACCUAGGCACCCCAAGCACACUUCCCACAUACCUUGCUGGAUUUGGCCGACCUGUACCUGAUGGUGAGAACAGCAUGGAAUAUCUACUGGAUGUCAUUAAGGAGUAUGAUGAAUCAACACUUGGACUUGAGCCAUUGGUCGCCUACCAGAGGGAUGGUAGCAAACCCACUGAAGCUGCGAAAACUCCGGUACCGAAAACACCAAGAACACCAUACCAGAAGUCAGUGCAGUUCCGACAAAUCCAGCUCAAAAGCAACCAGUUUUCAGUUACAACCGCAACACCUCAUGCUAACCCCUUCUCAAACUUUGAGUCCUACAAUAUUGAUGAUGAGGAGGAGGAUUUCGACAAUUCUCUUGAGAGAAAAUCUCGAACACCGUUGCAUACUGUAAACUCAGGCUACCAUCCAAGAUUAGCUUCACAGUUCUACAAAGACUUCUCAGUCUGGGUUUACAAUGGUGUCGCAGGGACACCACGCCACAGACCUACUUGGACACCAGCUCGAACACCAUCAAGGACCCCGAUUUCAAGUUACCAACGCAGCCGUGCGACUACACCACACAGGUCAAUUCCUCCAUCUCCCCAAGAACCAGUGUUCAAGCCAGAAGAGCCAACCUAUCAGGAGUACGAGCUUGAUCUUGAGCCACUAGAUGCACACGAGGAUGGGCCCAAGUUCGCCAAUCCUUGGCUCAGGGAGGUCGCUGUACUUUCAUGGCGUACUGCGCUGAAUGUAGUGCGCACACCAGAGCUGUUCCUCUCUCGUGAGAUCGUUCUCACAGUCAUGGCGCUCAUCCUUUCAACACUGUUCCACCGCCUCAGCGGUUCUGAUUACCUAACCGUCAAUCGCAUCCUCAACUUCUACAUCUUUGCAGUUUGCCUUGUAUUCUUCUCCUCCAAUGAUGCGGUCCCAACAUUCAUCCAAGAGCGCUUCAUCUUCAUCCGUGAGAGGUCCCACAAUGCAUACCGUGCUUCAUCCUAUGUGAUAUCCUCCCUUAUUGUCUAUCUUCCAUUCUUUGCCAUUCAGGGUUUCACCUUUGCAGUGAUCACAAAGUUCAUGCUCCAUCUGAAGAGCAAAUUGCUCUACUUCUGGAUCAUACUCUUUGCAUCACUCAUCACAACUAAUGCCUAUGUGAUGCUGGUGAGUGCACUUGUUCCAAGCUAUAUCACUGGCUAUGCCGUCGUGAUUGCAACAACAGCACUCUUCUUCCUCACUUGUGGGUUCUUCCUGAAGCGGACAAAGAUCCCUGCUGUCUGGAGUUGGCUUCACUAUAUUUCUGCAAUCAAGUAUCCAUUCGAGGCAUUGCUUGUGAACGAGUUCAAAGGAAGCCGUUGCUACAUUGGCACAGACAAUCAGCUGUCACCAGGACCGCUGGGACAAAUCAAGAAAAGUGAUCUUUAUACACAACUGCAGUUAAACUCAACAACAUGCCCCCUGAUAGGCCAGGAUGUGCUCACCACCAUGGAUAUCACAAUUGACAACAUCUGGAUAGAUGUUGCAAUCCUCCUUGCCUGGGGUGUGCUUUAUCGUCUCUUCUUCUACGUGGUCCUGAGAUUCUACUCCAAAAAUGAGAGGAAAUAAAUAGCAUUCCAGCAAAGGCAUACCAAUAUCUAUUUAUGCCAUCUUUGUUUGUGUGCGUCUGUUAUCUUUUUCUCUUUUUUGACGGAAUGCACUUGAUAUCUCUGUUUAAAACACUCCUAGCACUCCUAGCAGCUUAAUCUGUGUAACAGAAAGUUUGCCUUGAAAAGCAUUGAUUGAAAGACAGCAUGAGAACAAUUGUUUUUACUAAUUCAAGUAAAUGUACCCAAGAGGCUACACCAAGUA